AAUUUACCGUAUGUUAAAAAUGCACAAUCAACGAAUGAAUCAAAGAAAUUUCUCAUUGAACAAAAUUAGUUAGGCCCACGAUGAAAUGGCCCAAUAAAUCAUUUUGUUCCUUGAGCUCGUCUCCCAACAACAACUAUGAGAUUCAAGAAGCAAAGAAAAUCGUUGAGCUGGUGACGAAUUUGGCAAUGUCAAAGUUGAAAUCUUCACUUCCAGAUGAUUUGAUAUUGAGCUGCUUAGCCCGUGUAUCAAGAUUGUAUUACCCAACUCUCUCCUUUGUCUCCAAAAGCUUCCGUUGCUUCAUUGCUUCACCAGAGCUUUACCAGACCCGAUCUCUCUUAGGUCAAACUGAGACUUGUCUCUAUGUUUGCUUACGAUACUCUCCUGACUCUAACCCUCGUUGGUUCACAUUCUGCCGAAAACCAAGUGACAAUCUUCUUCUUCUGGUUCCGAUCCCAAUCAUCAACUCUCCACCUGUGGAAUGGUCUAAUAUUGUCUCUGUUGAUUCUAAUCUCUACGCCAUUAGCGACGAAGUUGCUGUCUCUUUCCUUGACUGUCGAACUCACACUUGGCUCGAAGCUCCAAGCUUGCGAUUGACUAACACUCAAAGUAAGCUUGAUGGGGAGAUGUAUUUACCAGGAAGCUGUGAAAAUCCAGAUUCUUUCAACUGUAUUGAAGUUGUCAGCAAAAAGACUCAAACUUUGAAGCCCCAGCGGCUCGAAAAGCCGAGUUUAGGAGUUUUAGAUCUGCAAGGAAAGGUUUACAUGAUCCACGAAAUCGAGUCUGGUAAAAAAGGUGUGGUUUUAAACUUUAAGGAUUUAACUUGGGAAGUGGUAGGAUUAGGUGGGAAUAAUUUUUGGGCUUCUGUUGGUAUGAUAGAGAACAUAGUCUAUUCUUAUAAUAAACGCAGUGGGGAGUUUCUUUGGUUAUACUUUGACAAGGAGGAAGAAGGUGCGAGGAAAUUAAAGGGUUUAGAAGGGUUACCUAAGUUUGAUAGUGGUAGUACUGUUAGAUUGGUGAAUUAUGGUGGUAAGCUGAUGGUUUUGUGGGAUCAAAAUGUUCCUGCAAGUGACUUUGAGGAGGAGAAGAUGAUUUGGUGUGCCGAGAUUUCGCUUGACAAACGGAAGAAUGACGAGAUUUGGGGCAAGGUCGAGUGGUUUGAAGCUGUGCUUACAGUCCCUAAAGCUUAUCAAUUUGUUUGUGCUAUUGCUGCUACUGUUUGAUAAAUGACUCAUGAGACAGGUUAUGUAUGUCACCUUCUUUUUUCUUUUUAUGUAUUGUCACAUUUGAAAGAAUGUCUUCUGUUGCAUUGCUUAGCGGAAUGCAAAUUGACAUUUGUUUUCGCUUAUAACUAUCGGCACUCUUUUGCUUUGUAGAUAAUUAAGCUUUUCUUGAGACUGUCUCUUUGAUGAA